CCUUAUAUAGGCAGUAGUAAUAAAAAUCAUCGAAGAUCCAGAAGAAUUGUCUCAGCCAUUGUGGCGGAGUAGUCCCACUCUCCGUGGCUUCUUUAGGUUUAGUUAGAUCCGACAACCAAUAAGGCGCGCUCGGGGCCCGGAUGACGUUGUAAUGGGGCCUCCGUGUCAGCAAACGCGGAAUAUGAUUGGCUUCUCUGACGUGGCCCUGGCCUGAUCCAAAGUCAGCAAAACUCUCUUGGUCUCACUCUUCUCGUCCCUGCCCGUUGGUCAUUAUUAUCCAAUUCCAACUUUUUUCGACACUCUUUUGUUGGUCUGAUUCUACCAUACUUUCUUGUUCUUUCCUUUUCUUCUAUCAUUCUGUCUUUUCCAACCUUCUCGACGCUCGUUGCAUCAUUUCGAUACGCCCAUCAUGUAUCUCACCACCGCACUCGCUUUCGCUCUCUCCCUAUCGCCCGCCGCCGCCGUGUCGAAGGGCUUCAACUACGGCUCAACUCACAACGACGGCUCCUUCAAGAAUCAGGACGACUUCCAGAAUGAAUUUAAGACCGCCAAGGGUCUGGUUGGCACCGAGGGUUUUACCAGUGCCCGUUUGUACACUAUGAUCCAAGGUGGUACAACCAACACCCCCAUCUCCGCCAUUCCUGCUGCUAUCCAAGAAAAGACAACCCUGCUCCUCGGCCUGUGGGCUUCAGGUGAUACCUUCAACGAUGAAGUCGCUGCCUUGAAGUCUGCCAUCGACACCUACGGCGACGACUUCGCCAAGUUGGUUGUUGGUAUCUCCGUCGGCAGUGAGGAUCUCUAUCGUGACUCAACCACUGGAAUCCAGGCCCUGGCUGGUAUUGGCAAGGGCCCCGACGUCAUCGUGGACUACAUCAAGACCGUCCGCUCAGCCAUCUCGGGAACUUCUUUGGCCAAGGCUCCCGUUGGUCACGUCGACACCUGGACCGCCUACGCCAACGACUCCAACUCCGCUGUCAUUGAUAACUGCGACUUCCUUGGUCUUGAUGCUUACCCCUACUUCCAGAACACCCAGUCCAACGCUGUCAGCAGCGGCAAGUCCCUCUUCCAAGAUGCCAUCAACAGGGUCACGGCGCAUGCCAACGGCAAGCCCAUCUGGGUUACUGAGACUGGCUGGCCCGUGAGCGGCAAGACUGAGAACUUGGGUAUCCCCUCUACCGAAAACGCCAAGACCUACUGGGACGACGUCGGUUGCGGCCUCCUUUUCGACAAGGUCAACACCUGGUGGUACAUCCUCCAAGACGCUGAUGGAACCACUCCCAACCCCAGCUUCGGUAUCACCGGUACUUCUCUGACCACCACCCCGUUGUACAACCUGACCUGCCCUGCCGUCACAAGCACAAGCACCUCGUCUUCUGCUACUGGCACUGCCUCUUCCGGCUCUUCUACUGGUGGCUCCACUGGUGCUUCCACCGGCGCCUCUACUGGUGCUUCCACUGGCGCUUCUACCGGCUUCGCCACCAGCCCUGGCUCUGCCACCGGCACCCCUGGCUCCAGCGGCACCGGCUCUAGCGGUGUCACUCCCACCCCAACCCCCGGCAGCAACGCCUCUGGAACCCCUGGUUCUUCGAGCACUACUCCCACUAGCCCCGCCCACACUGGCGCUGCCACCAGCGUCUCUGCUUCCAUGACUGGCGUCGUUGCCGCUCUUUUCGCUUUGAUUGUUGCUUUUUAAGUUUGUAAUCAAUACGUGGAUUGAACGUGGUAUGGAAGGGUUCUUCGGAAGAGUGUAUGUUUGUUUUUUGAUAUGAGAGGCUUGUACUGGACUUUUACCUGGACAAUGUAUUGUUUGAAAUUUCCUUCUAGAUUUAUAAUUCAAUAGAGCAAAGCCUGUUUCCAGUUUCGAGUUGCAGAUACUUGCAUGUUCACGAUAUCUAUCUCUCGUUAUGCAAGAGUGUUUACGUCAAGACAGUCGGUAAUGACCAGUGUAGCUAAUCCCCAUUAUAUUUCCAUUUAGAUUCUGUUUUAUCGUAGAAACGUGGCAUCAGUUGAUAAUAUUGAUUGAUUUUUGAAAAGAAUCGAGGUGUGAUCAGGUAAUUAGGGCUGGCCGCGA